AUCUUUGAAACGUAUUCUCUAAAAUGGCGUCCGUUCUAAUCUUUCCAUUUUUUGUCAUCUUUGUAACCGGAAGUGUAUACCCUGGUUUAUGCUCCAAGCGUCUUUUGAUUGACAGUUCCUCCAUCUGCACGUGCACCCAGUUACAAGAUGAGGUCCAGCAACUCAAAUCUGCCGUGACAUUACUGCAACAGGAAAACAAAGCUUCAAAGAAUCACAUAGGCGGUGGUUCCACAUAUGUAAGAUGGGGGAAACCAAACUGUCCUGCGGUAAAUGGUACCAUUCUUGUUUACACAGGUCUUACAGGUGGGUCUCAUUAUGCAACACACGGAGGCGGUGUCAAUCCAGUUUGUCUGCCACACGAUCCGUCGUUCUUAUAUAGUAAUCAGGUGACUGAAGAUGGUAAUGCUUAUGCAACGAUGUAUGGUGCGGAAUAUCAGUUCAACUAUAGGAAAGUUGCGAUUGAUGAUGACGUGCCAUGUGCCGUCUGCUAUGUUCCCGCCACUGUGUUGAUGGUACCCGCCAAAAAUACUUGUCCCCCAGGUUGGAAAAUUCAGUACAGCGGUAUCCUUACAACAGACAGCGAUGAGUUUAGUCCGUCCGAAUACGUUUGUUUGGACGACGAUCCUGUAUACAUGGAGGGAACCAGAAUGGAUAAUUUUGACGGGAAAUUGUUUUAUCCUGUCCAUGCCCGUUGUGGAUCAUUACCUUGUCCUCCAUAUAGAGCCAAUACUAUAUUACGUUGUUGCGUUUGCUCAAAAUAA